CAAAAUACACUGUUGUGCCGAACACCAUCAAGAACCAAAAUGGCUGUGAAGUUGUGCAUCACAGCACCGUUACAAUUUAGUUAAAUGUUACGACCUGAACGUGAUCAUGUGAACGCGAGACACUUUCUUGACGGCUAGAUAAUGUUUGUAAGAUACAGAGAAGAAGUUUGGAUGUCUUUCAAGAGUCAUGUCUAGUGGGAGAUACAGGAGGAGCAGCCAAAAAGGAGAGUAUACUGUUGCUGCUGGGACGUACAACCUGGUUAAGAAGAUUGGCAGUGGCUCUUUCGGUGAUAUUUACCUCGGGGUUGAUUUGACAACUGGGGAGGAAGUUGCUGUAAAACUUGAACCUCAAAACGCAAGGCAUCCCCAGUUGCUGUACGAGAGCAAACUUUACAAGAUCCUACAAGGAGGUGUCGGAAUACCAAGAAUAAGAUGGUUUGGUCAAGAAAAGGAGUACAGUGUUCUGGUGAUGGAACUUCUAGGUCCAAGCUUGGAAGAUCUCUUCAUGUUUUGUGGGCGGAGGUUUACCAUGAAAACGGUCUUGAUGCUUGCCGAUCAGGCAAUAAGUCGAUUAGAGUAUGUGCACAACAGGAACUUUAUUCAUCGGGACAUUAAGCCUGACAACUUCUUAAUGGGCAUAGGGAAACGUUGCAAUCAGGUAUUUUUAAUAGAUUUUGGGCUUGCUAAGAAAUAUCGUGACAGUAAAUCACGUCAGCACAUCCCAUACAGAGAGCAUAAGAACCUUACUGGAACAGCUCGAUACGCCAGUAUCAAUGCUCAUCUGGGAAUCGAACAGAGCCGGAGAGACGACUUGGAGUCUUUGGGAUAUGUCUUGAUGUACUUCAAUCGAACCCAACUUCCUUGGCAAGGUCUUCACGCCGUCAACAAGAAACAGAAAUAUGAGAAGAUUAGUGAGACAAAACUAAGCACUACCCCAGAGGUCUUGUGCAAGGGCUAUCCAGAAGAGUUCACCCUGUACUUGCGCUACUGCAGAGAUCUAGGCUUUGACGAGGCUCCAAACUACAUGCACCUACGCCAGCUGUUCCGUAUUUUGUUUCGGACACUCAACCACCAGUAUGACUACACUUUCGACUGGACAAUACUGAAACAGAGGAAUGCUCUAAACCCUCAUCAUGGCAUUGAGACGUUACACAUGCCGAUAAGCUCAAGACAUGUUGAGGCUCAGAACAAUCCCAAAUACUGAGAUUUUCUCAAGGAGUACCAUGUACAGGUUUCAUCAUGUUGGUCUGUCAUCACUCCUGCGAAAUAAGAUCGAUUAUAAACUGAUGGUAUUUUGAUAAACUUAUUAUCUACCAAAGAGAAGCAUUCGUUGCUGUUUUUUGAAGUCUGACCAAAUGCAUGAACCAUUCUCAGUCCUGAUAGGAGUCCAUCUUUUAAAUCAUAUCAAGUGUUUAUCUGCUGGCUCGACUGAUGUGCGAUCGAUGGGCAUGUCAGGGGAAGUUUGCCGAGUCUUGGUCCAGAUUGUAACGUACAGAGAGUACCUAUUAACUUCAAGGCACUAGACACUAUUGGUAAUGUUAUUCAAAAAAGUGUUAGCUUAAAAAGUUACUUGUAAAAGAGCAAUAGCAAGAUUGGUAUAAAAAGAGGUAAUUUCUCACUUAAUUUGUAAAAUAUUUUAGGCCUUUUUUGGCAUCCGAAAGCACAUAAAUUUGUU